CAGUGCAGUCGAGUUUGGUACAGUUAUAUUUUACCGCGGCAGUGAUGACGAUUUCAAAUAUGUAUAUCGUUGAAAUCUUGUAAAAAGUUUGGACGGACGAUGUGUACUAUAUUUAUAUAUGCAAUAGUGACAUGUUUGUCAACCUGUGGUGCUUUUAACUUGGACAUCGAACAUCCGGUGAUUUUCACUGGACCCAAUGGAAGUUAUUUUGGAUAUACUGUAGCUAUGUUGGAUAAUUUUAACGGUUCGUGGGUGUUAAUUGGGGCUCCGAUCGACCAGGACAUUUUCCAGCCUGAGGUAGAACGACCAGGAGCACUGUACAAAUGUCGGUACCGUAAUGAGGAGACGAAGGAGCAGUGUACACCAGUACAAGUCGACAACACAGGUAAUACUGAACAGAGUAUGGUGUUCCACGGUAGGAGCAUCAAGUUUCACCACCACAAAGAUGGUCAGUGGCUGGGCGUGGCUCUCGAUGUCCGACCGGAUGACCAAUCGUCAGUGCUGGUGUGCGCUCACCGAUGGAAGGACAACUUCCUGUUAAAGAAAUUUGACGACAUAUCUCACAUGAACGGCAUGUGCUAUGAAUUACAUAGUAACCUUACUGCGGCAGGACGACUCGUCCCGGCUCUCACCAAGCUGAACCGCCUGGUGAACCGACGACUCCGGUAUGCCGAGUUCUCUAUGGGAAGUCUUGGCAUGGCAGCACAGUUCUCUGACGAAGGAGGCCAACUGUUGAUGGGAGCACCGGGACUUAACGACUGGUCUGGAGGCGUCGCAAUAGAGAAAGAGAGCGAUUCCAGGCGGGACCUGCGCUACAUAGAACCUGUUCACAGCAUUUACCACGACAACUACAUAGGAUACGCCAUCACCACCGGAAGUUACUUGUCACGCAGGUCCAAGAAUAUUGCAUUAGGAGCUCCAAAGGCUAAUAACACCGGAAAGGUUUUCAUCUUUGAUUUGGCAAACCCAAAAGACAGUCCACAGAUAACAAUAACUGGAAGUCAGAUGGGAAGCUACUUCGGGUCAGCCCUGUGUACGAUGAAGUUAAGCUCGGACCGAUGGGACGAUAUAUUAGUUGGUGCUCCUUGGUACUCAACGAACGGUAGUCAGGAAGGGCGUGUCUUUAUAUACGUCUCCAGGGGACUGAUGGGAUUUCAAAAGUCUGACACAGAACUAACCGGAUCGUCCUCCAGAAAUGCUGGAUUUGGUUCAACCAUAAUUAACCUUGGGGACAUAAACAACGACGGUUUCCAUGACGUAGCGGUUGGGGCGCCUUACGAGGCUGACUCCCGAGGAGCUGUUUACGUGUACCUGGGGACUCGGGACGGGGUGUGGCCCGUACCAGUACAGACCGUUCACGCCCACACACUUGACCCAGGCCUCAGGGGAUUUGGUGGCGCUUUCUCCCGGCCUCAUGACAUAGACAAAAAUGGAUUUAACGAUAUUGUUGUGGGAGCUCACAUUUCUAAUCAAGCUGUAUUACUACGCACACGUCCUAUGCUGAAUUUGGCUGUGGUUUUUAUCGUUGCACCGAAGAAAAUAGAUCCUGGUCGGAAAUGUACAAAUUAUGGGUUACCUUACCCGUGUGCAAGAGUGAGGUUUUGUUUUUCGUAUCAAGUUAUUGGAAAGCCGGUCCCCGAUGAAAUAGAUUUGAGGUAUACACUUGACGUGGACGUUACACGUGGUCGGAGAACAAAUCGAGCUGUUUUUAUCGAAUCUUUGAAGAACGCCACUUUAACGGAAAUGACGUCAUUAUCAGGAAGUUUUGUUCUGUCAAAAAACUCACAAACUUGCAGCGAACUUCAAACAUUUUUUCUCAAGAGUACAAAAGACCCGUACGAAGAUAUUACCGUAGAAUUACGGUUUUCCGACAGCUACCGAAAUACAAGCUCUAUCUUACCAAUAUCUGCUCCUUACGCUGCUAAAGACAAGGUUUAUCCUGCUCAACAAUAUAUUAGACGGAAGAUUUCUAUAAUGAAGGACUGUGGGCCUGAUGACAUCUGUAAAAGCAGUCUCGAUCUAUUGAAGACGACAGUGAUGAUUGGACGAUCAAAUUCUACAUAUAUUGUCGAUGUCAGUAAUGACGUCAGAGUAAACAUUUCACUCAUCAAUCGAGGAGAAAUAGCAUAUGCCACUACGUUGAAGUUGGUUGUUCCGUGGAAUCUAGCGUUACGAGCAGGAUGGAGAACAAUGGCAAACACCAACACACUUCUCGAUUGCAAGAUAAGGCAAAUACGAACGAACUCGGAAACACGUGAUAUCAUUUGUAACAUUGGUGAUGUCAAGUUUCUUGAUGACGUCAUUGGCGUGUCAAUUCAGUUUGCAAUUAGAUCAGAGUUUUCAACAGAAAGUUUCAACAUUAUUUCAUCAAUACAAACCCGGAGUAGUGAUACAGUGGUUGACAGGAAGACAACGGUUUCCGAGGUCAAAGUGCAAUACCUGCCAAGCGUUAAGGUCACGGGAUUUUCUACGCCUGACCAGCGCGUGAUGUCAGAGAGACACGAUUUUAGAGGUUAUGAGAACGUCACUCACAUAUAUGACGUCACUAGCUUUGGCCCAAGUUCCCUGUCUCGUGGGAUCUUCACCGUCCAUUUACCUGUCAGGGAGAGCUACAUCGACCUACGUAGAUAUACAAUCGAUACUGAAGGAAGGGUCAGCUGUGAAGUAAACAGAAGCUCGACUUGGACGGCCGUAUAUAAGACAAGAGAUACGACAAUUCGCAAGAAAAUGAUGAUAAACUGCGAGAGUUUCCCCUGCGUGUCCAUCACGUGUGACGUCUGGGACCUGUCGCCUCAACAAUCUAUUAAUCUUAAAGCUUACAUGACUGUGUCGAGGAGAAUCUUCACUGACAAUACGAACGUAAAACAUAUUCGACUAGAGUCUUCCUCGGUGUUCAGUUAUGACAGUGACCUGAGUCUAAACAUCCAGAUAAAGGAAACAGGCACAUCGAUUUCUACAGACUUCCUGAUUUACGAGAAGGUGUUACACACAGGCAAACUAGAGCUUUGGAUCGUUCUCGUCAGCUUCUGUGCGGGAAUAUUCGUUUUCUUGAUCAUCGGAAUAAUUCUUCUGAAGAUUGGCUUCUUCAAGAGGAAACAUCGUGAUGAUCUACUGACCCUCCGGAAGUUGCAGUCCAGGCAUUGUGGCAGAUAUCGCAAUAGUUCGGAAGAGACCAGUGAUGGAGGCGAUGGUAGCAACGAGAAUCUCGUCUUGGCAACGGACUACAGGACCGUGGCCUAUGAUCUGUCUGGAGAGUCAUCGCCCGAUUCACCGAUCUCUCGAACGUUUGGUGACACGGAUUAUUUAGAACCUAUUCAACACUUGUCAGAUCGUGAUUGAUAACUAAAAAUCAUUUAGAUACAGGAUAAUUAUUUUUUGGUUUUGGAUUUUUACAGCACAAUUGGUGUAAAGUUGGAAUGUUUGUAAGUAAGGAGUGUGUGGUCCUACACACACAUCACACUCGUGUGUAAGGAUCUAAAGCUCGAUUUAUCCAAUGGUGAACAUUAAGUUAUUGAAUUCGGAAGAGGUUUGGAUCUGGCUUCUGGUGCAUUGCGUGCUGAUGUGCAGCUAUGUACAACUUAUUGAUUUGUCGGAGGUCUAGUAAGUUAUUGUAGUAACAAUCGCCAUUACUCAGAUACAAUGAUGUGAGCGUUAUAAAACGGACAUUAUCUGAUCUCGCGAUAUACUUUUUUCAUUUUUCUGUUUUGUAAAUUUCCUAAACCCUUGUUAAUUAGCUAGUUUACAUUAAAGCAUGCGAUUCCAGGUAUUUAUAUGGUAAUAUAUGAAUGAGGCACAAUAUUUAUAGAACCAAAUAUUUUUUGCUUGUUCUUCAGUUCCCCAGGACAAGAAAAAUAUAUGUUCUGUAACACGUGUUUUAUGUUCCGUCCAAUAAUAAUUCAGCAUGCAUAAGGUUUUUGUAACAGGGCAGUCAUCUCUCGUUCGUUUUGCAUCGUGCGUUGUAAACAUUCCGAAAUUUUUACAUGUUUUCAAGAACUAAACAACCUAGAAUCAAGAUAUUCGAUAAAAGACAACGCAUGUGAUUGCAUUGAUGAUCAAUUGUCAUGGUCAUCAGGGUCAGGUAUGUUACAAGCUACAUGUUCGUCUUCUAAAGAUACAUAUUCUCUAGAUUAAGGAUACGUGGGAUGUAGUUUGCAAGGGCAAAGGCCUAAUGUGUGUGUUCAACAUAAUAACCAUGACUUACUUUCACAGUAGGAAAGGUCAAAUAUUUUAAAAUUGAUUAAAUUGCUUCUUUAAAAGAUACACCAAGGAGUAAGAUCAACGAAAUUUGUCUUACUGGUCAAGAUCAUAGGGGUAAAAUGUUAAAAUGUCCAUACGUCUUCUAAAGAUCAUUUGGUUUAAAUUAUGAUGAUGUUUUGACAACAAACAAACAUCCGUAUCAUUUUAAAUAAAGUUUAGCCUUCAGUAUAAAAUUUGUUGUAACCAAGAUCGCAUUCAUGCGGGUAAUUAGACCGAUCGUUUCUCUUUUACUACUUAAUUAGUCAGAAAAUCAUUAAGAAAUGUGAAAUGUACUGCAUUUACCUGUUUCUAUAUUCAGAUUACUUAAGUGAUAACAUCGCAGCUGUUUAUGGGUUUUUUAUAAUUAAAUUUGUUAACAAUGUAUUAAACCUAUAUUUGCAUGAACACAAAAAUAAGUUUUAUAAAUUACUAUAAAGAAGAUAUAUUUUUUUCUGUUUUAUGCUUCAAAUCCAUGUAUCCUAAGACAUUUUACUGAAAGUGAUGUGAAGAUAGCUAUUGUACAGACAUACACCUAUUACGUUGUCUUCCUAUUUCAGAUAUUGGUAAUCUGACACACUUCUACAACGCGUAUAACUCUCUGUCUUAUGAUAUUAUUUUGACUGACUUUCGCCGCAUUUUCUUCAUGUGUAAAAUGUGACGUUGAUUAAUAUUGUUAAUAUAUGUUAGUUUAGGAAGUGUACAAUGUUCAAAUAGACUUCAUGCAUGUUAUAAAGUUCACUAUAAAUCACAUUUCCUGUGAUAGAUAAUGUUAAUAUUUGUUAGCCUAGCGAGUGUACAAAUAGACUACCAUUACCUGGUCUUCGUAUAUGUGAUUUGACUGUCUACCACCAUGUGUUCUUCUUGUACCUGACGUAAUGUUGUCAUUAACAGGCUUCCAUCCACCAUGUUGUCUUCUUGUAUAUGUUUGCAAUUUAACUAGCAUUUACCAUGUAAAUGUGUAUUAUGUGAUUUAAUGUGUUAUCUUCCUUCAAGAUGUCGCAAUCAAAGAGUUCUCCGUAAUUUACGUUUGUUGAAAUUCACAUUGUAUAUAUACUUUAAUUUAGCGAAGAGCUACCGUCGUUGUUAAUAUAUAUUUUGGACUUAUAAUCAUCCAUAUUUGAUAAUGGUUUUGUUUAAAUCUUCACAGAAAAUUAUUUUCGAGCACAAUAAUGAAUACUUGUUUGUAAUGUUUAAUGGUGUAUGCUACCUUUUACAUUUUAUUUGUCAUGUGCAAGAGUUUUCCCUGACUUGCCUUAUCUAACACGUCAUAAAUUCUUUCGCAUUAUGCCAUUGCAUGCAUUCGUUUAAACCUUUCCACCAUGUCAUCAGUGUAUUAUUAAAGAGCAUAUGAACAUUCACGGUAAAGGGUUGCACUCUUUUGUAAUGGAAACACAUUUCAACGUUUGGUAGCAUACAACUUUAAGCGAUUUACGGUAAGACAUCAGUGUUUGAUUCUUUUUAGUGAUCUCACGUUAUUAUUUAUUUGAUCUUAAUCAUAUACUGAACAAAAAAAGAAACGCACAAUUAAAUUAUGCCAUCA